AUGUCCUACAGUGAGAGUCACGUUACGGCUCAUUAUUACCCGGAGCUGCCCGUGGACGAGCAGACAGGUGCAGCGACUCGCGGAGCUCCACACCUCCAAGCAGGACACAGCAACUCAUUGUACGAUAUGAGAGGACGGUACAAAAGAAAGAACUCGAAAGGAAGAGGCGAUGAGACGGCAGACAUCGGGCUCUCUCCUCUGCCCGGGGAAACCGCAGCGGGCUCGGCCGGGCCAGACUCACCUGUUCCCGGUGUGACUGUCCGCGAAGUGGGUGGCAGGAAAAAAGGUGCGAGAUGUUCCAUGUAUGGCGAUGACAAGGUGUACCUUGGAGUCCGUGUCAAAAUGCCCGUGAAGGAUCUUCUGAGAAACAUUCGUCUAGCACAAGGCUGCGAACCUCAAGAUCUGAAGGAGAGAUGCGGCAAAACAGCUAAAGGAGACAUGAAACGAGUCAAAACUCGCUCAAGACGGCAAACUACCAAGGGACACCACCCCCCCACGAAAAGCCUGGAGGAAUUAGCAAUCAUUGUUGAGGUCCUGGAGGAGGAUCUCAGGACUGGCAACACCUACACCUCCCCUCCCCAAAAUCUGCCCUCUUUUGAGUCUCCGCUGUCUCCUGAGCUUUCUCCGACUGGAUACAGCAGUGACGAGUGCAGUGAAAUGAUCCCCAGCCCCCAGUCCUGCAUGGCCUACUCACCAGGCACAGCAGAGUACUACCAAGACAUGUCCCCUCCCGACUUCACGUACACCAGCCUCCAGCCCUCCAGCAUUGACAAUGUGAGAGAACAUGGUGAUAGAGGGGAGGAGUGGUGUGAUCCUCACAGCCACAACUGGGAGCAGAAUAGCUCUUCUUACUUCUGGACACAGCUGCAGAGAGAGGAGAGCCAGCUGAGCGACAUCUCUGACGCAGUACUGCUGGCCACCGAUGAACAUGGCAGAACAGCUCUCCAUAACGUGAUGUGUGUCGGAAAGAGAGCGCUGGGCUACGCUAUCGCUAAAAGGAUGGCUGCACUGAACAGCCUGGACCUCAAAGACUCUGAUGGCAUGACUGCCCUCCUCUAUGCGGCAAAGCACAACCACCACCUGAUGGUGGCAGAUCUCAUCUAUUUGGGAGCAAACAUCAAUGAGACAAACAACUCAGGAAAGUCCUGCCUCCAUCUCAGUGCAGAGAAUGGCUACAUAAGAGUCCUAGAGGUUCUAAAGCAGGCGAUGAUGGAUGGUGUGUAUGUUGACGUUGAAGCUACUGAUAAGUCUGGAAUGAGCGUCCUCCAGUGUGUCGCGGUGGCUGUGAAGACUUCCGUAUCAGAGCUGGAACACAGAAAGUCUCCCAGUCAAACCAGACUCCACCUGCUUCGCCAAGAACAGAUGAUGGAGACGCUGGAGUUUCUGCUGCAGAUGGGCAGCGUCCCUUCAUACCAGAGGGAGCCGGCGUAUGCAGCCCAGUACUGGCCAAGCACCCAGCACCUCUGCCCGGCAGGGCAUUUUGGAACCCCGACAGUAAUGUUCUGAGUUUGUUCAGGCUUGAAUUUGCCAUGGAAAGACUAUAAUUAGUCAGGUCUGUUAUGUACUGUAAAGCAUCUGAUGUUCUGUGUGUGGUAAAAAUGCCUGUCUUCCAAUCAGGUGUUUAUUUUAACCCGCACAGAAAUGUUCGGUGCCCAUUAGCUGGUUUCUGUGAAACUUCCCUUGUUUGUUACAUUGAAGUAGCAAGUUAUCCUCAAUUAAUGUGUCUCUGGAGAUUCCGGUGUAAAAUCUAUGGCAAUAUUUUUGAAAUAGUGGUAGUGUAACUAGGCUUUUUUUCUAGGAGUUCAGCAGUGUUUUGAAGGCCAGGCCAGUUUCCAGCAGGGAGGGAAAGUGACUGUUAGCCUGUGAUGUGUUUUACGUCAGAGAGGAACGGUUUGUGUGAGGUUUUAGCUGAUCAUGCAGAUUGUCCUUCACUGAUGUGUCGAUAUCACAUCUGUGCCGUUACAAACAAGGCACAUAUGUUGUUUUAGUAAUGCCGUUUUUGUUUUUUAAUAUAUAUAUUUCCCUUCCUACUGGGAUGCAGCUUGAUUUGUAGCCGAAGAGAUUUUAAGACAUACAAUUUACAUUUUGGAUCUUCAAUGAACUUUUGUACUAGAGUGUUGGAGAGCUGAUGGAGAGUAAACACAGCGACAUCUGACACACUGGCCUGUCCUGUGCAGGGAGUUGUAGUUCUGUUUAUACUUUACCUCUUAGCGAAUAUACGUUUUUUUUGAGUCUACUUGAUCCAAUGUCAUGUUACGUGGCGUGUCAUUGCCCACUCUUCACUGCUCUUCUGCUUUCUUACUGGAAUUUAAGGGAAAAUAUCCGUUUCAUUCAGCAUAAAGCUGUCAGUCACAGUUUAUGCUGGACGACUAUUUGUUGGGUGUUUUAUAGCACCUGGGUCAAAUUCUUACUGCCUUGUAAAGUUGGAAGGGCUAUCUUGUUGUAGGGGGAAAAAAGCAGAAGUGAAAGUCUUUGUAUCUUAACGGCUUGCAUUUUACAUCUCAUCAUUUAUAACAACCCAAAAAAACACAAUAAGAUGUUUUCUUCACCAUUAAAGAACUGUUGUUUGUUGCAAGAUAAAAAUGCUUAUUGAUCUAGUGUGUGAUUAGCCACAGAAACAUUUUUGGAUUUUUUUUUUUUAUCAAGGGUUUUGGGAUAUUGUGCAUGUAGAGGUUAAAAAAACAAAAAACGUGGUACUUGUAUAUUAUUACUGUAUUACAUUUAUCAGGUGUUUUUGGGAACAGGUUUAGACCAAGUGAAAACCAAUAUGUUGAGCCAGUUUGAUUUGAACUGUCAAAGUUAACGUGCCAACACUGGACUACUUUUUUUCUUCUUGUUUUUGCUGUUGAGUCAUAAAAAACAAAUCUCUUGUAUGUUAAACUUUGCUCCGGCAAACACACCAGUAUGAAGAAGUUAUCUGGAAGUCUUCUUUAUUGUUUGGUGGUUGUGAGCAACAGUGAACAUCAUGUUCAUGUAAAGAUACAAAGAGUAUUUACAAGUUAUGGAUGGUGGUAGACCAAAGCUAGUAUUUACUGGGUUUUUUUUUGUAUGAUGAACAACUACAUUUUUGUGGAAUAACUGAAUGAGCACGUUCUUUGGUUUGUGUCAGGUUUUCAGAGCACUUUUACAAACACUAACAAAGUGCUCAUACAAUGCUGCAAUCUGUUUGUUUUUUUUCUUUUAAAUAAUAUCCCAGCAAAGACCACAUGCAAAAUGAGAAUGCUCCUAGGAUUGAGAAUAUAAGCUAGGCUGCAUAAUGUUACAUGUAAAAUAAAGAAUAAUCAUGAUAUAAAUGAUAAUAUGGGUAGUAAGCUCUUGAUAAAGAAUUUAGUCUUUUUUGUUGUUUGCGGUUUAAGGCGGGGGAAUAACAAAGUCCUCGUCAUGUGCAGCGCUUCACUGUUAGAUAAGACUGGUUUACAUCUACAGGGUGUUGGUAAAAGUACUCAGGAUGUAGUAUUUAUUGUUUAUGAUGUGGAAAAUUAUAUAAUCAAUGGAAAUUCCCACCUCAGUGCUCUUAUGCAAGUCGUUAACUGAGGUACCAGUUUUGUCUUGCUUUAUUACAUACGUUCAGUUGAUUAUUAUACUGCAUUGUAAAUCAUGAGCCGCUUGGUGAGUUAUGCAAAAUAGGCCAAGUUCUGACAGAGAUGUCAAGUAUGCCAGAAAGAAAUUAUGCCAUAGUAUGCUCAUUUUUUUCUGUAUCGUGACAGUUCAGUCAAUAAAAAAAUCAGUGUCCACAUUGGAAGCUCUGUAGACUUAGCGGCAGGCUAGUAUUGGUCACAGGAAUUACUCUAUAUUGAUCUUAAUCAAGGCUUUUGUUCUACUCUUAAGAGAAAAUGCAAUUUUAUCACGAUACACAAUGUUUAGAUCAGUUUCUAUAUGCAUGAUUAUUCACAGUGGUGAUGUGUAUUAGUUGUCAUCUAACAAUUGUUCUGUAACAAACAUGUUCAUCUUCAAUUCAAUAAACUUCUGGGUUUGGUAAA